CUCGGCGGUGAGUGAGAUAUCGACUUUUGCUCUGACUCUUUCCCUCCAAAGUCUGGAGUUGUUGAUUUCGCAAUACAUGUGUUGCGCGUAAAUAGAAAUACAAAUACAAAAUACUCGCUUUAAUCUUGUUUGCUUUAUACAUUUUCAAUGAAUCAAGUUAAGUGAAGAGCGCGCGGGAGGUUUUAAUAUGAACCUAAUAAUGUAGACGUCAUUGCAUGACGGAUUUCUCUGCUGACCGUGCGCGCGCCAGCAUUUUUCUCUUUCUAUACAAAGAUCACAUAUAUGCGGAUCCAUUACAUCAUGACAGCGGAGUCAAGUAACUUUACGUCCCUCUUUAAUAACAUGACUGAGCUUCAAAACCACACAAGAGGAUGCAACUUAACCAAAACUGGUUUUCAGUUUUACUACCUACCCACCGUGUACAUUAUUGUGUUCAUCACGGGAUUAAUUGGAAACAGUCUGGCCAUGUGGAUGUUUGUGUGUCACAUGAGGCCAUGGAGCAGCAUCUCCGUAUAUAUGUUCAAUUUGGCACUUGCGGAUUUUUGUUACGUGCUCUCGCUACCUUUUCUCAUAUUCUACUACUUCAAUAAAACGGACUGGAUUUUUGGAGACGUGUUGUGCAGGUUGCAGCGGUUUAUUUUCCACGUGAAUCUCUACGGGAGCAUCCUGUUCCUGACGUGCAUCAGCGUGCACAGGUAUACCGGUGUGGUCCAUCCCCUGAAAUCACUGGGAAGGCUGAAAAAGAAGAACGCGGUGCGCACGGUCGCUUUUGUGUGGUUCAUAGUUGUGGUGGGAAUCUCUCCGAUCCUCUAUUACUCACGCACGGGGCCAAAAAAGGGAUUAACGACCUGCUACGACACCACGACGGAGGACGAGCUGCCCGGUUAUUUCAUCUACAACAUGUGCAUGACAGUGUUUGGUUUCUGCAUCCCGUUUAUUAUAAUUCUGAGCUGUUACGGAGGUAUUGUCAGGGCCCUCAUUUAUAAUGACAUGAACAAUGCUCCGCUGAGGAAGAAAUCUAUUUACCUGGUCAUCAUUGUCCUCACUGUGUUCGCCGUAUCCUAUUUGCCCUUCCACGUCAUGAAGAACCUGAACAUGAGAGCUCGACUCUACUUCCAGAGUCCGGACAUGUGUGAUUUUAAUAAUAGAGUGUAUGCCACGUACCAGGUGACGAGGGGUCUGGCCAGUCUUAAUAGCUGUGUGGACCCUAUUUUGUAUUUCUUGGCCGGGGACACAUUUCGACGCAAACUGUCCAGGGUCACCAAAAAGGCCUCCAGAAAAGAAGAUCAUACCCUUCAAUCCAAGAGCGAGGAGACGGCGCUUAACAGCUUGCCUGAGUGCGUCCAGAAUGGGGACAAUCGCAUGUGAUGGUGUUUGAAGAAAGUACAUGAAUUGUGAUCUGUAACUCCUGUAUAUUAAGAAUUAAACACAGUUCCGUAUAGUGAUUGUAUUUAGAAAAUUCAAGGUUAUUGUACUGUACCUUUUGCCAGUGUUACUCAUGAAUUACUUUUAGCAAGUAUAUUUUCGUAUAAUGUGAUGAAAGGCGAAACAGAACUGAUAAGUAACUUCUUUAAAACUAAACCUAAACAAGCAAGCUAUCACUAACGACCUGUGUUUAAAGGGAUAGUUCAUCCAAAAAAUGUAAUUCUGUCAUCAUUUACUCACGCUCAUGUUAUUUCAUAGCUGCAUAAUUACUUUGUUCCUAUGAAAACAAAGAAAUUUAUCUGGAAGAAUGUUAGUAGUUUUCAGUUCCGGGACAUUAUUGACUAGUGGGAAGAAUUAGUAAAAGGUGCCGGAGAAUUCUUAAUUUUCAUAAAUUCUUAAAAAUAUCUCAUUAUGUGUUCAACAGAACCUAAAAAAUACAAUAUUUUUGAUGAUGUCCCAGAACUGAAAAUUGCUUACAUUCCAAAUAUCUUUCUCUGUGUUCAUUGGAACAAAUAAAUUUAUGCAGGUUUGAAGCAACCUGAGGGUCAUUUUUGGAUGGACUAUCCCUUUAAGUAUUUAACAUUAACAAUUAGAUUAUAAACAACAAGCACUGUUAUUUUGUCUGAGAAUGCUUGAAUGAUGCUCAGCACAUGUUAGUCCUUGUGUUGUGUUGUGUUUGUUCUCGGUGAAUAUUUAAGAUGCACUAUAGAUUAAAACUGUGUUAAUAACUGUGUAAUUGUCUACCUGUGGACUAGAACAAUUAAGUUUGUUCAUACAAUGUAUUUGCCUGUUGCUCUGUUACUGUAAAAUGUGUUUUGUAGAUCAUGGAUUGUGUGAUGAUGAAGGGACUAUUAUAACCAUGUUUUAAAUGAUCAAUGAUAACUGUAUGUUCAUUAUGUAUUUUCUCUAUAUGUCUUAGGAUAGUAUGACUAAAACAAAUACAAAGAC